AUGGCAGGAGGAGCCUCAGCGGCGACCUGGGGUUACUGUGUGGCCCUGCUACUGCUGGUCACCACCCUGGGGCUGGGUAGACGGCUGCAGCUCGACCCUGGCCCCCCAGGCCUCCGGCACAGCUACGACUGUAGGAUCAAGGGAAUGCAGCUCCUGGUGUUCCCCAGGCCAGGCCAGGCUCUCCGCUUCAAGGUGGCGGAUGAAUUUGGGAACCGAUUUGAUGUGAACAGCUGCCCCAUCUGCUACCCCUGGGUCACCUCCAGGCCUCAGGAGCCUGUGGUCUUCUCGGCUGGUUGCAGAGGCUGCCACGUGCUGGAGAAGGAUGGGCGUUUCCACCUGAGGGUAUUCGUGGAAGGUGUGGAUGUAGCACAAGACGCUACUCUGAUCUGUCCCAAACGCCCACCCCAGACACCGGACGCCCAGCUGGCACCACCCACCAUGUUCCCUGUCUUGACCCCACAAACCCUUCCCUUCUGCCCCACCUCUGGCCACAUCUCCCCAGGCUGGCACGCCUUUCCCAGCCCACUGGACCCAGGGCACAGCUCCGCCCACCCAGCCCCUGCUUUACCAUUCCCUGGACCUGGACCUGCCCUCGAAACCUUGGCUCAACCCCACUGGGGCCCCAUGGGACACUGGGAUGUGAACAAACCAGAUUACUACGUAGGUACUCACCUGAGUCAGGAGCAGUGCCAGGUGGCCUCGGGGCACCUCCCCUGCCUCAUGAGAGGAACUUCAAAGGAAGCCUGUCAGCAGGCUGGCUGCUCUGACAACACCACAGAGGUUCCCUGUUACUAUGGCAACACAGCUACUGUCCAGUGCUUCAGAGAUGGCUAUUUCAUUCUCAUGGUGUCACAAGAAAUAGCCUUGACACACAGGAUCACACUGGCCAACGUCCCCACCAGCUGCUCCCCAACACAGGACACAGAUGUUUUCAUGGUCUUCCAGUUCCCUCUCACCCACUGUGGAACCACAGUGCAGGUGGCUGGCAACCAGCUCGUCUAUGAGAACCGGCUGGUGGCCAGCAUUCACAUCUGGAAGGGGCCACAGGGUUCCAUCACGUGGGACAACACCUUCCAGCUUCAUGUGCGCUGCUUCAACUCCAGUGACUUCCUGCCCGUUCAGGCAUCCAUCUGCCCACCCCCGUUGCCUGCCCCUGUGACCCAGCCUGGACCCCUGCAGCUUGAACUGUGGAUUGCCAAAGAUGAGACCUUCAGCUCCUACUGCGGGGAGGAUGACUGUCCCAUUGUGAGGCUGCUCCGAGAACCAGUCCAUGUGGAGGUCCGGCUUCUGCAGAGGACAGACCCCAAGCUGGUCCCGCUGCUGCACCAGUGCUGGGGUGCUCCCAGUGCCGACCCCUUCCAGCAGCCCCAGUGGCCCAUCCUGUCAGACGGAUGCCCUUUCGAGGGUGACAGCUACAGAACCCAAAUGGUAGCCUUGGACAGGACCACACCUUUCCAGUCUCACUACCAGUGAUUCACUGUUGCCACCUUUGCGCUGCUGGACUCAGGCUCCCAGAGAGCCCUCUGAGCACUUGUGUACUUCUUGUGCAGCACCUCUGCCUGCCACACCUCAGGGCUGAAGACUUGCUCCACCGCGUGCCGCCCUGGGACAGCAAGACAGCGACGAUCCUCAGGUCACCGUAAUGACACUGCCAGGCCCCAGGACAUGGUGAGCUCUCCGGGGGCAGUGGGCUUUGAGGAUUCUAUGGGCAGGAGCCCACAGUCCAAUGGGAACUCCAGCCUGAGGCCUCUCCUUUGGGUGGUCCUUUCGCUGCCAGUGGUUUCCCUGGUCCUUGGGUUUGGUGUCUUUGUGGGCCUGAGCCAGAAGCUCUGGGAAAGCAGCAGUGAACGGGCUCAAUAAACAAUCCUUUCAAACCUACUGAAAGCAGUUGUGGAGAAGUUAUUCGUGACAACUAGAACAGAACUACUUCUCAUGUGAGAAACUUCCUCCAAGUCCACUCGGUCCUUCCA